CGAACAUAACCUAUAACUGAUUUGAAAACGUUGAAUCAAGAAGACAAGUCUUCUUGCGUUACGAAUAAAGAAUAUAAAUAAUAUAAAUCAAUAUAAAUAAAUAGAAAUCAUAUUAAUAAAAGAAAAGCGUAAGAAAUAAAUUAAAAAUUCAUCAUGGUUUUUAAAACUUUGCAAUUACUUUCAAGAUCAAGAGGUCCUGAUGAAUUUUGGCGAAAAAGGAAAAUUUUCAAACUCGCCUCACAUUUUCGAGGUCGAAUGAGAAAUUGUUAUAGUAUGACAAUUCGUGCUGUUCAUCGCGCUCUACAAUAUACAACCAAGUCACGAGAAAUAAAACGAAAAGAUUUGCGUGAGCUUUGGGAGACGCGUCUAGAUGCUGCUUGUAUGCAACACGAUAUUAGCAGAUUUAAUCUGAGAGACGGUCUUUAUAAAUACGACGUUCAUCUUGAUCGUAAAGCUCUAUCAGACGUUUCAAUUUGGGAGCCUAGGACAUUUAAAGCAUUAUCGAAUAUAGCUGCUUUAAAGCAUAACAUCACCAACGAAAAAACACCAAAACACAUUUUUCUUUCAGAAACUCCCGAUGAUUAUGUGCGUACUACAAAAAAACUUCUCUAAGCAAGUAAAUAAAAACUCUGUAUAUUAAAAGUAAUUUAUAAAUAAAUUUCCAAAGAACGAUUGAA